AUGAAUUCCUCACGCCCCUUUGCCCGUAACGCGAACAAGUUGUUCCGACCAGCCUUCUCCUACCUAAAUAAUUUCACUAGCGACUCUAAGAAAUCCCCCAACCUCACCUCCGCUCGCCGCAAGAACUCCGCCAGUUCCCUCGAUGACACCGAUUACUCUGACAUAGAACACUACGCACAGAUGGAAUCCUCGUCCCGCAACAGUCACUCGUCGAAGAACUCACUCUCGGAGUUACAGGCCCCCGUGCCUCUGAUUGACAUAGGGGGGAGUGGGAGUAGAGCUACGUCGCCUUAUCCCAGGAGCCGGAGCGCCGCGCAGAGUGAAGAUGAGGAUGACGACUUCGAACCCGCAAGCAGUAUACGACCGCUCGUGAACAACGAUGUAGGAAGAGGAGGCAAUGCAUGGCGGGGUGUCUUGAGACAAGGUGGGCUGGCGGGGUUCUUCUUCGGUACCUGGAUGGGGUGGCAGAUCUGGGUUGGUUUGCUCGUCUUUUGGGUAGGAGGAUGCAGCUUUGGGUUGCUGCUGAUGAACCGGUUCAUCAUGCUCACUGGAGUUUAUAAAUUCCCUUUCCCACUUGCAGGAACCUAUCUCCAACUCAUCAUCACCCAUCUUUUCCUCCUUGGUUUCGCAAGCCUUACCAGAGCGCUCGGUGGACCACUUCGUAGAGUGGGAUUUGGCGCGGCUGUUGCGCCGGCAUAUCCCACAGCGCCUGCUGGAGGUGCAUUCAGGAGCUCAAAUAAACCGUCCAUCCUUCAAUUUGGGCGAUGGCUAGCAAACGGCCAGGGUGGAAUUGCAGGAGGAGGUCUUUUUGAAUUCGACCGACAGACUGCGAAGCAGGCCCUGCCACUGGCUGUCGUUUUCGUUGCCAAAGUGCUACUCAGCAACUUUUCGUUUGCUUAUGCCCCCCUUCCAGUCUACCAGCUCGCACGCAUUGGAAUCACACCUCUCGCCCUCAUAUUUGCCUGUGCGCUCCAGAAGGAUAACCACAGCCCCUCCACCCUUUCCUCCGCGCUCGUAGCAACCCUCAACCUCCUAUUCGCAACUAUCCGCACCAACGUCCGCGUAACAGCCGAAUCCAUCGUCGCCGGAGUCUUCUCCUCGAUGUUCGUGGCCCUCUACCCGAUCCUCCUCCUCCGCACCUACCGCACCUUCGCCGCCAGCCUGAUCCCCCAAGGCGACAUCCUAACCGGCGGCUACCCCUCCAGCGCCGACGACACCGGCAACCGCGAAGAGACCCGCGCAUACUACCGCGUCCUGCACUACACCUCGCUCCUCUCCCUCAUGAUCCUGACCCCCAUCGUCAUCCUCUCCGGAGACAUCGGCCACAUCCUCCGCAACAUCCCCUUCCUCGACGUCCCCUUCUUCUGGUUCAUGAUCCUCUGCGGCGCAAUCGGUUCCUUCUCCGUCUUCGUGUCCACCCUCUUGCUCGUCAAGACGACAUCUCCGCUCACGGCGACCUUCAUCGCGGUGCCCCGCAGCGCGUUCCAGCUCGUCAUGCUCAGCAUGUUCAAGAUGCCCGCCCAGAGCUGGGUUGGCGUCGUACUGUGCUGGAUCAGCAGCUUGUGGUUCCUGUUUGCCAGGAGGGAUGAGGGGAGGAACAGAAAUAGGUUGAGGUUGGAGGGGAGGUGA